UCUUUUUUUUUUUAAAAAAAAACAGUUUUUGUCAUGAAACUUACCAGACAACCAAAGUGGGAUAUUGCUACUACCAACCUUGCCAAUUUUGGCACUCAACUUGAAAAAGACGUUCGUUCUGACGCUAGUGCUCAAGAACAAGCUUGGGCCGAUCCUUCUGCAAUGGUUGGUCAAAAACCAGGCCUUUGGAUAUGGCGUAUAGAAAAGUUUAAUGUUGUGCCAUGGCCAAAAGAAAAAUACGGACUUUUUUAUUCUGGCGACAGUUACAUCGUACUUUAUUCUUACAAGAAGAAUGAUAAUACUGAAGCAUUGGCCCACGAUAUUCAUUUUUGGCUUGGAUUAGAUAGUAGUCAGGAUGAAGUUGGAACUGCCGCUUACAAAACUGUUGAAUUGGAUGAUUUUCUUGGAACAUCUCCAGUUCAACAUCGUGAGGUUCAAAGUUGUGAAUCUGGAUUAUUCCUUUCUCAUUUUAAACAAUUUCGAGUUGAAGAUGGAGGAAUAGAUUCAGGAUUUAAUCGUCUUAAACCAGUUGAAUAUCGUCCUCGUCUGCUUAAAAUAAAACAAAUUAAACGUACUGUUGUAAUUAGAGAAGUACCAAAGGAUUAUACAUCAUUGAAUAGUGGUGAUGUAUUUAUAUUGGAUGUUGGCACUACUAUUUAUCAAUUAAAUGGUAAAAAAUCUCAAGGUUCUGAAAGAAUGAAAGCUGCUGAACUUGUUAGAGCUAUUGAAGGUGAACGACAAGGUGCAAGUAAAGUUGUCGUGAUAGAUGAGGGAGAUAGAGAAAUGAGUAAAUUCUGGGAUGCACUUGGUAGUAAAGGUGAUAUCAAAUCUGCUGAAGAAGAUACUGGCGAAGAUAUGACUAAAGUUGAACGUAAACUUUUCAGAGUAAGUGAUGCUUCGGGAGAAUUGACUUUUAAGGAAGAAUCUGCUGGUACAAUUACUAAAGAUCAAUUUGAUUCUAACGACGUAUUUGUUUUUGAUGCUGGUCAUGAAGUUUUUGUUUGGAUUGGUAAGAAUUCUACCGCAAAAGAAAAGAAAUAUUCCUUACAUUAUGCUCAGGAUUAUAUUCAAAAAUAUGAUCGACCUGCUUAUCUUCCUAUUACUCGUGUAUUAGAAGGCGGAGAAAAUGAAACUUUUGAAUCUGCUCUCAUCGUUGUUUCAACUGUUGUUUAAUAAUAAUUUUUUUUAUUUAUUUUAAAAAAAUGUUUCACAUGCCAUGGCAAUUCAAUUUAUAUUUUUAACUUGCAUAUAUUGUAAUAAAAAAUUCUGUAAAAUAUUCAUUAAAUAUUAUAAUUCAAAAACAAUAAACUUUUCGA